UCAGCUGCUGAUCAUUCAAGUUGCCACAGCCGCACGCAUCAAAACGAUGUGUCCACCAAUUGCAUCUCGCGUUGUCGUGUUUGUCGUCGUCGUGUUUUCGAUUUUAACAAUUUUAACAAGCUCCCAGGCAGCAACGAUUGACCCUCGCAAUCACGAUUUUGUGUUUCCGGUUCUGGACGAGAAGACACUCGGUGACCUGUGUGAGGUCAGCUAUGGCCAAGGGCAGUUCGCACUGGUCGGAACCUGUCAGCGGGUGCGGGAUUGCGGUACCUUUGCCCAGCGGUUGCGCACCGAAAAGCGGUUUGAUGUGCUGAAAGAGUUGUGCUACUUCGAAGUUCACGAUCCGGUGGUGUGCUGCUUGAGCGAACAGAACGCGGGUAUUCGCAUCGGUGGCGGCCUCGACGACGGUUUUCCUCCGGUGGUCGGUCCGAAAUCCGUUCUCGACAGGGAGUGGCCUUUCGAUGAUGGCGAUGAGAAGGCGAAUCUAGUGUGAGCUGGGAGUUAGAGAUGGGAAAUAAAACUAUAGCGGAAAUUAAAAUGUUUUUGUUUUUUA